GCGCGUGCGCGAGGCGGGGGCCGUUGGGCAGCGCGCCCCCCGCCCCCCUCCCCCGGGGUCCCGGUGCGUGAGGGGAGCCCGCGGCGCGGCGGUUGGGGCCGGCAGCGCCCGGCGGCGGCGGCGCAGCGGCGAGCGGGCCCCCGCCCAGCGCCGCGGAGAAAUGAAAAUUUAGAAAAGGAUUUGCCAAAAAAAAGAAGAUGGGAGCAAAUAGCAGCAGCAUCAGCGAACUUCCAGAAAAUGAGUAUUUAAAAAAAUUAUCAGGAGCAGAGCCAAUCUCUGAAAAUGAUCCAUUCUGGAAUCAGCUGCUAUCUUUUAGCUUUACCACUCCAACAAACAGUGCUGACUUAAAGCUCUUGGAAGAAGCCACCAUCUCAGUCUGCAAGUCUUUAGUUGAGAAGAAUCCUCGAACAGGAAACCUUGGAUCGUUGAUUAAAGUCUUUCUUUCUAGAACCAAAGAAUUAAAAAUUUCAGCAGAAUGUCAGAAUCACCUCUUUAUCUGGCAGGCUCACAAUGCGUUGUUUAUUAUCUGCUGUUUGCUGAAAGUAUUCAUCAGUCGAAUGUCAGAAGAGGAACUGCAAAUUCAUUUUACUUACGAAGAGAAAACACCAGGCUCAUAUGGAACAGAGUGUGAAGACCUCAUAGAAGAGUUGCUGUGUUGCCUCAUCCAGCUCAUUGUUGAAAUUCCCCUCUUAGACAUAACGUACAGCAUUUCCUUGGAGGCUGUGACAACGCUUAUUGUCUUCCUUUCCUGCCAAUUAUUUCACAAGGAAAUUCUGCGAGAGAGCAUCAUUCAUAGAUACCUGAUGCAUGGUCGAUGUCUCCCAUAUACCAGCAGACUUGUGAAAACUUUACUAUAUAAUUUCAUUAGACAAGAAAGAAGCCCGCCUCCGGGGACGCAUGUCUUUCAGCAGCAAACAGAUGGAGGAGGACUGCUUUAUGGAAUUGCCUCUGGGGUGGCAACUGGCCUGUGGACAGUCUUCACGUUAGGGGGAGUGGGGAGCAAAGCAACACCGCAGCUGGAACAGUGCUCCCCUCUAGCUAAUCAGAGUCUCCUGCUUCUGCUCGUCUUGGCCAACCUGACCGAUGCUGCAGAUACACCGAACCCCUACAGACAAGCUAUUAUGUCCUUCAAGAACACGCAAGAUAGUACUGCUUUUUCUUCAUCGAACCCGCAUGCUUUCCAGAUUAAUUUUAACAGCUUAUACACGGCUUUGUGUGAGCAGCAGAAAUCUGAUCAAGCAACUCUUCUCUUAUACAUGCUUCUGCAUCAAAACGGCAAUGUGCGGACAUACGUGUUGGCACGCACGGACAUAGAAAACCUCGUUUUGCCAAUUCUCGAAAUCCUGUAUCAUGUCGAAGAAAGGAAUUCGCACCAUGUUUACAUGGCUCUUAUAAUUUUGUUGAUUCUUACAGAGGAUGAUGGCUUCAAUCGAUCCAUUCAUGAAGUGAUAUUGAAAAAUAUCACUUGGUAUGCUGAACGUGUUUUAACAGAGAUCUCACUUGGGAGUCUUCUGAUACUGGUCGUGAUAAGAACCAUCCAGUACAACAUGACACGGACAAGGGACAAGUACCUUCACACAAAUUGUCUGGCAGCCUUAGCAAAUAUGUCAGCACAGUUCCGCUCACUUCAUCAAUAUGCUGCUCAGAGGAUCAUCAGCUUGUUUUCUUUGUUAUCCAAAAAACACAACAAAGUUUUGGAGCAAGCCACGCAGUCCUUAAGAGGUUCCCUCAGUUCAAAUGACUCUCCACUUCCCGAUUACGCGCAGGACCUGAACGUGAUCGAGGAGGUGAUCCGAAUGAUGCUGGAGAUCAUCAACUCCUGCCUGACAAAUUCCCUCCAUCACAACCCGAACCUGGUGUACGCACUGCUUUACAAGCGGGAUCUGUUUGAGCAAUUUCGAACUCACCCUUCCUUCCAGGAUAUAAUGCAAAAUAUAGAUCUGGUGAUCAGCUUCUUCAGCUCACGAUUAGAGCAAGCCGGAGCUGAGUUGUCGGUGGAACGAGUCCUGGAAAUCAUCAAACAAGGAGCUGUUGCUUUGCCCAAAGACAGGCUGAGAAAAUUCCCUGAGCUGAAGUUCAAGUACGUGGAGGAGGAGCAGCCGGAGGAGUUCUUCAUCCCCUACGUUUGGUCCUUGGUUUACAAUUCGGCGGUGGCCCUGUACUGGAACCCGCGCGACAUCCAGCUCUUCACCAUGGACUCGGGCUGAAGGAGCGGGUGCCGCAGCCACGCCAGCUCGACUCUGUCUUGCUACGGAAAGUCCACCUCGGCACUGCGUGUUAAUACCCGGCCCCUUCCAGCGUGCCCCCUCCGACCCCACAGCUUACAGGGAGCCAAGCUCGCCCCUCGUGUACAGCCCAACCUCGGCGUCUCGGCAGCAGAUCGCCGCGGACACGCUGGCCAAUGCGUGCGGUGCGAGGACCUGGCGCCUUGUAGGCCACCUUGUACUUACAGUCCUGUAACCUAGCGCUUGUUUGAUGAAAAUGAGGCCUUACACAUGGGGUGUGAUGUUACUACCGACCACAAAACUGAUUGUUCCUUUAACUUCACCGGGGUAAAUGAGGAAGGAGACGGGGGGGCUGUGAUUUGGAAGUCGCGUUUGUAUUUUCCUUUGUCUAAAGCGAGGCAGCUUCUUUGGGUCAAGCUCUCUGUGGUCUGCUGGGUUCUGCGGCGGGUUGCUCCUGCCCCGGCACCGCGCUUUCCCUCACCGCCCUUUAUUUUGACGGCACUGUCCCGGCUGCGGCUCUAAAUUGGUGUCUCCCUUGUCAGGCAAGUGAGCUAGCAAGCAGCGUGUUAAUCAAAUUAGCUCUACAGACCCACUCGAAACACCCGAUUUUGGUGUCACAAAGUUGGUGGGAGGGUUUUCAGUAGCAAGUCUUUUUCUGUUUGGCAAAUACUCUUUAGAGAACUAGAAACGCCAGCCUGCAGAGAGACUUGCUUUGCUCUACUUCUGGAAAUUGAAUGUGUGAACAAAUGUCCAAAGAAAAUAGUUAUAAGAUUGUAAAAUAGACCAAUGUCCUGUAAAAAUGUGUGUAGUGGUGGCAGUGUGUAGCGGGGAUCCCCUGGUAAAAUUCUGUGUUGAAAAUCCCCUGUUUGCUAUUGCAGGGUUUAUGGCAGAAGUAUAAAUUUAGCUGAAUGUAGAAAACUUUUUCUUGUUUUUGGAAGUGUCCUUUCCUGAUAUACCUGGCUUAAUGCAAAUAAUCCAAAAACUGGCUCUGCAGUUGGAAGAACAAAAGAAACGGACUGACCUGAUUUUGAAAGAACAUCUCAUUUUUCAAAAUAGCAAUUUUUUUUUGUCUCUGGGGAGGCUCCUGGCAGUGCUCGCUUGCACGUGGAUGCAGACACUGUUGUAAGCCCAGUGCUGCUGUGUGGAGGACUGUCCCCAGUGCAUUGCAUGCCAAUACAUAAAGAUCAGGGAGUCAGUUCCUAAAUAUAUAUGGCAAACCCCCCCUGUUCGCUGCCUGCCCCGGCACGUCCUGCUUACUGAGCUGAAGAAGAGGGUGCACUUGCUUUCAAGCCGUCCUCUGAGUGACUUUAAAUAGAAUUAUUUGCACUCUUUUUCCCUGAAGGAUAUGCUAGAUUUGAACUUUUAUCUGCUAAUUUAAAGGUGGAAGUCCAUGGAAAUGCUAGCUUAAAAAAAAAAAAAAAAAAGCUUCCCAUAUUUAUUUAAAUAUAAUUGCAAAGAGACAUGUGCAGCACAGGCGCGUUUAGGACUUUAACAUGGCACAAGCUUUUUAAAAGUGGCAAUAGUAAGAUCGGAGCUGCAGUUUUUUCUUGUAAAACACGAGAAAUGAUUGAACCAUGCCUGAGCUGCACAUAUGUUUGUGCUAUGUUUAGGAUUUUUUUUUUUUUUGGCUCCGAGCAAACGUCAAAGGGGGAAUGACUCUUCUUGGUUACUGCAGUGAUUUGUAAUUUUCUCUUUUAAUAAAAGACUAAGAGCGUUUGUGAGUCAGCAGAGCCGCGCAGCCUUUGGAAAGGUCAGUCCGAAGAUGCACUUUCGUACCGCGGAGCCCGAGGCUCCUGGGACGGCUCCGUUUUCCCUGGGCUUUGCCACCCAUGGGUGCGCGAGGAUGCCCCGUGACGAGCACCCUCCACCCCGCGGGCCUCAGAAGCGGAGCGCUUUGCAAAGAGGGCUCGCACGGAGCGGAUGCUUAGCAUCAGGGUGCCAAACUGGAGCGAACCCGACUUUCUUCGAAAGGGCUUUUUUUAAAGAAAAGGGCAUGUGAAGCAGCAAUCCGAUAGGAUAGGUCAAACCGGCGGCUGGAUCAAUGCAGGAGUCGCCCAGUGAAUUAUUUCUGGCUGUCCUCUCAUUCCGAUGACAUUGAAGUGCAGAAGGAACAGGUUUGUUGCAAUCGCAUAAUUUCCCUGUGCGUUUCAUUAAUAUGCAAUGCAUACGGAGCCCGGCUGGUGUGGAACAGCUGGAGUCGCAAGCCAAAGUUGCAGCGGCAGAGCCAGACCAAGAUUUAUGCGGAAAGCCGUGCUGGUCUGAUUGGCUCUUCCAGGAGUUUGAGCGUUAUAUAGGUCUGGCAGGGUCCUGAAGUCUGCAGUCUGGCAUGUUCACAAAUACUCUGUUUUCCUUCAGAUCUGUAAAGUAUCACCUUAGGGAUCCUUUUCAUUACUUUGUGUGAAAGAUUUAUUAUGCGUAAUAAAAAAAAAAUUUUAAACCAGUAAA